AGACUCAGAGCACCAGCUGAGCAAUGCAAGGAGCAGACCUGUAGCCAACUUACAUCAUCCUCAACAUGAAGAUAGACACAGUGCCAGUGAUUCUGACCUUGGCUCUUUGCCUCAUACAAGAUGCUGCCAGUGAGGAUAAAGAUCAGGAAACAUGCAGUGAAUUUAGGCCAUUGAUGAAAAAUGGAAAAUUAUUCUGUCCCCAUGAUGAAGAACAUUUUCAAAGCCCUGAUGGACUAAUGCUCAUCAAUAAGUGUGCCACCUGCAAAUUCAUACUGGAAGAAGAAGCAAAAUCCCAGAGAUGGGUCAGGGAUUUACCAGCAGCCACAGGGGACACUACCCCAGCAAAGGAUAUAUGCAGUGCUUUCCGGCCCUAUUUAAAGGAUGGAAGACUUGGAUGCACACGGGAAAAUGAUCCUGUCCUUGGUCCUGAUGGGAAGACACAUGGCAAUAAGUGUGCAAUGUGUGCUGAGCUGUUUUUAAAAGAAAUGGAAGAAAAUGCCAAGCAAGAAGAUGCAUCCAGAAGUCAACGAAAUGCUGAAAAGGAUAUUUGCAAGGAAUAUGAGCCACAAACAAGAGCUGGAAGACUUUACUGUACACGGGAGAGUGACCCAGUCCGUGGCCCUGAUGGCAAAAUGCAUGGCAACAAAUGUGCCUUGUGUGCUGAAAUUUUCAAGCAGCGUUUUUUAGAAGAAAACAAUAAAGCAGAUCAAAAUCUGAGAGAGGCUGAAGAAAAAGUUAAAGUAAAAAGAGAAAUUGAGAAACUCUGCAGUGAAUAUCAAGAUCUGGCAAAGAAUGGCAAACUUUACUGUACCAGAGAAAGUGACCCUGUUCGUGGCCCAGAUGGGAAAAUGCAUGGCAACUUGUGUUCCAUGUGUCACGCCUACUUCCAAGCAGAAGCUGAAGGAAAGAAAAGGGCCGAAGCACAAGCAAAAUAUAAAAGAGAAUCUGGAAAAGCACCCUCAUAUACAGAGCUUUGCAGUGGGUAUCGAAACUUUGUGAGGAAUGGAAAACUCCCUUGUACCAGAGAAAAUGAUCCCAUCCUGGGUCCAGAUGGGAAAAUGCAUGGCAACGCCUGCUACAUGUGUGCGAACUUCUUCCAAGCAGAAGAAGAAGAAAAGAAAAAGAAGCAAAGUGAAUCAAGAAAUAAAAGACAAUCUGAGAAUACAGCUUCUUUUGAGGAAUUAUGCAGUGAAUACCACAAAUCCAGAAAGAAUGGACCACUUCUUUGUACCAGAGAGAAUGAUCCCAUUCAGGGCCCAGAUGGGAAAACAUAUGGCAACACCUGCUCCAUGUGUGAGGCCUUCUUUCAACUAGAAGACAGAGCAAGAGCAAAGAUUAAAAGAGAAGCUACAAAGGAAACCUGCAGUGAAUUCCGGGAGCAAGUGAGAAAUGGGAUGCUCAUCUGCACGCGGGAGCACGAUCCCGUCCGUGGUCCAGAUGGCAAAAUUCAUGGAAACAAGUGUGCCAUGUGUGCGAGUGUGUUCAAACUUGAAGAAGAAGAGAAGGAAAAUAACAACAAAGAAGAAAAGGAGAAAGUUGAGGCUGAAAAAGUGAAGAGAGAAGCAGUGCAGGAGCUGUGCAGUGAAUACCGUCAGUACGUGAGGAAUGGACGACUCCCCUGCACCAGGGAGAAUGACCCUAUCGAAGGUCUAGAUGGGAAAAUCCACGGCAACACCUGUUCCAUGUGUGAGGCCUUCUUCCAUCAAGAAGCAAAAGAAAAAGAAGCUGAAUCCAAAGCAAAAGUUAAAAGAGAUGCUACAAAGGACGCAUGCAAUGAAUUCCGGAGUCUUUUACAAAAUGGAAAUCUUUUCUGCACACGAGAGAACGAUCCUGUGCGUGGCCCCGAUGGCAAGACCCAUGGCAACAAGUGUGCCAUGUGUAAGGCAGUCUUCCAGAAAGAAGAUGAAGAAAGAAAGAGGAAAGAACAGGAAGAUCAGAGAAAUGCUGCAGGAUAUGGUUCCCAAGGCGGUGGAGGAGGGAAUGCUCAGGACCAAUGUGCUGAGUUUCGAGAUAAAAUGAGAAAUGGAAAACUCACCUGUACUCGGGAGAUAGAUCCUGUGCGUGGUGCCAAUGGCAAAUCCUACAACAAUAAGUGCACCAUGUGUAAAGAGAUUCUGGAAAGAGAAGCAGAGAAAAAAAAUGAGCAGUCUGGCUUCAGGUCAAAUGAAACUGGAAAGGAUACAUGUGAUGAGUAUAAAAGCCAAAUGAAAAAUGGGAAACUUAUCUGCACUCGAGAAAGUGACCCUGUCCGGGGUCCAGAUGGCAAGAUGCACGGCAAUAAGUGUGCUAUGUGUAAGGAAAAACUGGAAGGAGAAGCAGCUGAAAAAAUUAAGAAAGAGGAUCUAGAAAGGACAAAUGCAAAAGAAAAGACCAAUGAUGAACAGGAUCAGUGUCAUGAAUUCCGGAGCAAACACAGAGAGGGGAAGCUUGUCUGCACCAGAGACAAUAACCCUGUUCGAGGCCCGAAUGGCAAGAUGCAUGUCAACAAGUGUGCUAUGUGUCUGAGCAUCUUUGAGCGAGAAGCUAAUGAAAGAAAAAAGAAUGAUGAAGAUCAAUCAAAAGCUGAGCCCUCAAAUAAUGCAAAGGACAGAGGCUGCCUUUCAUGCAGAGAGGCUCAGAACGAAGCAGAGGAUGAAAAGUUUACACAGUCUGAUUGUCCCUUGGCCUCUGCUUUAAGGAUUAGUGAUGAGUGCAGUGGCUUUCGAAAGUAUCUGAGGAACGACGAACUCAUCUGUACUCGGGAGAAUGACCCAGUGCGUGGUGCUGAUGGAAAACUCUACAAAAACAAGUGCUACCAGUGCAGAGCUGUCUUUCAAAUAGAAGCUUUGGAAAGGGCAAGACGUCAAGAAAAGCCAUCUGGAGAGGAAGGUAACACAGAUGCUACCAUUUCUUUUCUGGAUUCUGAGAUGUGCAAAGACUACCGGGUACUGCCCAGGAUAGGUUAUCUUUGCCCACAAAAUUCACAGCCUGUCUGUGGUGAUGAUGGCCAGACAUACAAAAAUCCCUGCGUGCUCUGUCAUAAAAACCUGAUGCACCAAACUAAUACACACAUCCAGAGUACUGGGACGUGCAAGGAGAGCAGCACUCCAGAAGCAACAUCUGUCAGUACGCCUGAGUCUGACAAAUAAUGGGAGGACUCAUGAAAGCCAUAAGGGGAAACAUACACCUCAAUUCUGAAUUGCCUACCUUCACCAUCUGUAUAUACAAAGAAUUCUUCAGAACUCGCCUUAUUUACUGUAGAAAACAAUACAGAGCCGUUGGGAAUGGACUCACUGAUUUUCAGUCUUUUCCAUCUUUUUCCUCCUAGACUCUGUGAUCUGAGAGCACAGUGAUGUCUCCACCUGGUCUGUGCUCAGGAAAUGUACUGAUCACAAGGCUGUCUGCCCCACUGCCUGCUCAAUAAAUGCAAACUCAGCACAGCACCCUACCUGGGAUUUCUUUGUCACUGCCUGGAACAUUGGAAUUUGUUUUUAUAGAAACUAAAUAAACUCUACCUUUUUGUCUUGCUAAGCCCAUUGGUGGACAGAAAAUGCUCACUUUUUUCAUUGUCAAGAUGCUAUUGGAGUUGGAAAGGAGUGUCUCCAUGAGAGGUGGAGAGAUACAGGCUCUUAGGCAGCCAACAACUAUGUGACGUUAAAUGAGCUAUGAAUCAGCCUCCCCUUGACUUCUCAUCAUUAUACCAGCUUCUAAAUGUCCAUAAAUGGCAAAAUGAUCUCUCAGACACAUAGGUCCCAUCUGUAGACACAACCAGUAAUUUCUCAUGUCCACUUGUUUUACCUCGAUAAUUUCAUAUGUCAGGGUUUUGUAUCCAUUGUCUGGGAAAGACUAAGGAAUUGAGUUACCAAUGUGUGCAAGUCUCUGAAGCAACACUUCCCAACAGAAGUCUAUUGCAUGCCACAUACAUAAUUUUACACUUUUUGGUAGCUACAAAAUAAAUGAGUAACAUUAAUUUAACUAAU